AUGCGUUUGCUGAAUGGUUGCAACACGUACACAUUGGUGCCGAUGCGAGUCGUGGAGAUCGGCCAGAACAACUGCGACGAAGUACCGUAUGGCGACGACGGCGGCAAACGGGUCAACACUGAUAACGUGUCGCAGUCCCAGUUGUCCAAUGAGCUUUUAGACAUCGACGAUGGCAUCAGUGUUGAGGAAAAGAGGUUCCAAAAGGAACCUGUGAAACUGGUGAUUGCGUUUCUGAUGUUGGUUCUGAGCGCAGUUAUCAACUUGCUGGCACUUGCAUGGAUUCACGAUCGUGUUCCAGCCUCUUCGCCGCUUCCGGAUCUGUUCUUUCGCAUCUUCCCUCAUUUUCCGCGAGCGCUCGAUUUUUCGGAAUAUUUCAUCCUGUUCAACUCUCUCGCAAUGUUUUUCUUGUGUUUUAUUCACAAAUACCGCUGGAUGGUACUACGCAGAGUAUUUUUCAUAUCGUCCCUUCUGUACUUAGGACGUAGCGUGUGUCUGCUGGUGACGCAGGUUCCGGUUGCAGAUACAACUUACGUCUGCUCUCCCAAACUGAAUGUGACGACCAUCGCCGUCGUUUUCAGCAGGGCUUCUCACCUGUUUUUCGGAGUUGGACUUAACAUAUCUGGCCGAUACACGCUGUGUGGCGACUACAUAUACAGUGGUCAUACGGUGGUUCUAAUAUUGGCCUACUUAGUGGUCAAGGAAUACUCGCCAACGCGCUUUUGGAUUUUUCACUGGAUAACGUGGUUGGUGUCAUUGGCCGGCAUCUUCUGUCUGCUCAUUUCACACGGUCAUUAUUCCGUUGACGUAGUUAUCGCCUACUUUAUCACGACCCGUACUUUCUGGCUUUAUCAUACCCUCGCCGACAGUGUUUGCUUUAAGGAAUACCCUCAACAUAACCGAUUCAGCAGAGCCUGGUGGUUUAUGUUGUUCCAGUACAUGGAAUCUAACGCAGGAUGUCCAAUACCAAAAAUAAUCGAAUGGCCUCUGUCUUGGAAGCGUUGUAAAAAAAUAUUAAAUUUGCCAACGCGUUACAUGUAUUGA